AGAAAAUAAAUAGCGUGCGCAGUGUGCAUUCAGCCAAUACAUAGGGCUAGGCGAGCGGUGGUGCACGAUUGUCAAAAAUUGGCUCGCUCUUUGGGGGAAAUUUCUUCAACUUUGUGUGGAUAGAGAACGGUUGGAACUCAUGAUUCGAUAGUCGAAACCCCAAGGAAGGAUACUGAUCAGUACUAAAGACUUUUAUAAUUUGAAUUUCGAAGAUGGAGAUUUGGCGCAGCUGCCUUGUGUGUGUGAUUUGGUGUUUAGCAACAUGUUGGGCGCAGGACCCGCUCGCACCAGCCGCUAUUACGGACAGUAUGUGCACAACUGCCAAAAGUUGCGAUGAGUGUAUAGUGAAAAGCCCACAGUGCGGCUGGUGUGAGUCUAAGGGGUUUGAUGAUGACUCCUAUUCAAGGUGCGAUCUCCCCGAGAACCUCAGACGGAGAGGCUGCAAGGAAGAUGGUCUCAACUUCCCCAAGAAUAAACUCAUAGAAGUGGAGGCCAAACCUCUGAGUGACGCAGGAGAUGCGGGAGAAAUUGUCCAAGUUAACCCACAGAAGCUAUUUCUUCAGAUGAGACCAGGUGAGCCUACCAGGGUUCAGUUGAACAUCCGGCAAGCUGAGGAUUUUCCUGUGGAUUUAUAUUACGUGAUGGACCUGUCACAGUCUAUGGCCAACGACUUGGACAGCUUAAAGGGGCUCGGCGAUAAACUUGCCAAGGUCAUGAAAAACAUAACCAAAGAUUUCCGACUAGGAUACGGUGCUUUUGUCGACAAAGUAAAAAUGCCAUAUGUGGACAUCUUGGAAAGAAAGUUACAGAAUCCUUGCUUACACGGUGCAGUGUGUGUACCACCGUUUGGAUUUAGAAAUGUGCUUCCGCUAACAUCAGAAACUAACAGAUUUUCAGAAGAAAUCGGGAAAGUUGACGCUUCAGGAAACCUGGAUAACCCAGAAGGGGGCCUGGAUGCCUUGAUGCAAGCUACCGUUUGUAAGGAAGAAAUUGGUUGGAGGGACCGGGCAAGACACCUGUUGCUGUAUUCCACUGACGCACCAUUUCACAUCGCUGGGGAUGGCAAGCUUGCGGGUAUUGUGAAACUGAACGAUGGGAAAUGUCACAUGGAUGCAGUGAGCAUGGAAUACUCAGCCUCCAGUGAGCAGGAUUAUCCGUCCAUUAGCCAGCUUAGCGGCAAGAUGCAAGAGAACAGCAUCUUCCCUAUAUUUGCUAUCGGCAGAGUACCGCCCGGUUCAGCAGACCCAAUGGCAUUUUACAGAGAUUUACCCAAGUUCUUUCAUGAGAGCGAGGUGAACCGGUUGACAGAAGAUUCCUCCAACGUCGUGGAACUUGUCGAAGAUGUAUAUCGUAAUAUCACGUCUGGUGUGAAGGUUGAGGACGAUGCCCCUGCCGAUCUGUUUGGCGUCGAGUACACAGCAACGUGCGUAGAUGGCAUACCGCACAAAGGAAUGCAAGAAUGUAGCGGUCUGCAACUCGGCGACAACGUCACGUUCUCGUUGGACAUCACCAUGACCAACAAAACCUGUGACAUGCCAAUGAAAAAUUUCACGUUCUCUGUAGGCCCAACAGCAUUCAAGGAAUCUCUUCAGAUCACCAUCCAGGCAAUAUGUGAUUGUGCCUGCUCAGAGGAAAGGCUGGAAGGACCAGACAUCUGCAAUGGCAAUGGGACCCAGGUCUGCGGCGGCUGCCAAUGUUUCCCCCAACGCUCUGGUGCUAAAUGCACCUGUGACAAGGAGGAAGCAGAGGGCAUCGACCCCGCCUGCGUAUGGCAAAACAGCACAGUGGAAUGCUCUGACAGGGGAAAUUGUGAGUGUGGAAAAUGCCUGUGCAAUACCAGAACAAACCCUGUGGAGGAAAUUUACGGAGACCAGUGCCAGUGUGACACUUACUCCUGUGAGCUCUACAAGAAGCUCCCCUGCGGGGGACCGACCAGGGGUGAUUGCAAAUGCAACAACGUCACGGGCUUAAAUUACUGCCAAUGUAAAGAUGGAUGGUCGGGCAGUAACUGUGGGUGCGAGGAGAAUUCCAAGAAAUGUAUCUCUCCGGAUGGGCUUGUGUGCAGCAACGUGGGUGUUUGCGAGUGCGGCAAGUGCAGCUGCAACGACACCAAGAAAUACAGAGGAGCGACGUGCCAAAACUGUGAUAGUUGCCCUAGCGAGUGCGAUCUUCACAAACCCUGCGUACAAUGCAAAGUUUACAAGACGGGAAAGUACAAGGACAACCCAGAGGCGUGCAACAGCUGCCCUCACGAAGUGGAGGUGUUCGAAGAAUUGCCAAACCGAGAAAGUACCGACCGCAUUUCGUGCGUGUUCAAGGAUGAGAACAACUGUAACUUUGAGUUCACAUAUCGGAAGCUGGGCGAAGGCAACAUUGAACUGCAAGCAGUAGAGGAGCCAAGUUGCCCGCUGGUUGCUGAUGUGUUGUGGAUCAUCAUCGGCAUCAUCAUCGGAAUCAUCCUAGUGGGCAUCGCCCUGCUCCUCAUCUGGCGUCUCCUGACCUACAUCCACGACAGGAGAGAGUUCCAACAGUUCGAGAAGGAAAGGACCAACGCCCAGUGGGAAGCGGGAGAGAACCCCAUCUACAAGCCGUCAACGUCAGUAUUCAAAAACCCAACCUACGGCAAAUAACUGCCGACUGCGGCACUCACUUAGGUCCUCACUUAAUGACUUGCAUGUCAAAAACUGACGAAGCUUCUCUCUGGAACAUCUCGUGAGAGGUAGACUUCCCCACCGUCCUCGUAAAGUUAUCUCCCGUUUUGGAGAAACGCUUCAGAAGUGGGUUUUUAUUCUGAUUAACGCUCCUAGAUCCUUCAAUAUCUACCACGAGGUUUUGGGUUUUUGCAGAAUUGAAAAGGUAGAGCUCAGCAGCAGCAAUAUGCAACACUUGUCAAAAUGACAAGCCUGCUCAGUGUAGCAAGAUCCAUCAUGUCAAAAGUCUCAAGGCCAAACUGCCUCAGCGUCUGUGGUCACCAACUGCAGCAGGAUACAACUGUUGUAUUGUUCAAUGGGACUAGCUCCUAUUGUGUCAGAAUCGCUCUGGUGUUGAUGGUUCAAUAAAGAAAGGUCCCGCAGAUUUUUUCACCUGAUGCACUGUGUUGCGUCUGGCAGGGUUAGGGUUAACUUAAAAUGAGGCUUGAUGCUCCUUUUAAAACAAAGAAGGUGCUCAUUUGGCUUCUGCAAAGUGGUGGAUUUUGAAGGAUUUAGGAAGAUUCCUAGUCAAAAAUGCUGGGAAGCAAGGGCUCAUGGGAAUGUUAUUUGUAUAUGUGUAAGGAUAUCGUGAAUUGUUUCGAUAUUGUGAGUGUCCGUGUGUCUGUGGAUGGAUUUGUACACGUGUGGUGAGUGUGUAUAUGUGUGAUGCUUGUAAUGUGUGUGGUUAUGUAACUCAGUCAUUGUCGAUCCUGUUAAGGGUUUUUAUGACAGAGAAGAACUUGUAAUCAAUUAAUACAUUUGUAAUAAAGCUUUGCUUGGAAAAUAUGCAUUACGUACCUAAAUGCUAUACCAGAAUGGGGACUUUUGGGGCAUUUCUACGCAACUAAAUCUUGCAAUAUUCUGAAGCUGUGGAGUGUAUUUGAGUCUGAGUGUUUAUGUGAAUUGAUGGUGCCUGUUAGUUUUUACUUAUGCACCUGAACUACAGCUGUGAGUAUGCUUAUUUAGUAUUCAAAGCCCUAUCGGUUUCCUUUGCUCUAAAUUACUUCCCUUUUUCUUUUCUUUUUUUUCAAAAAAUAAUUUUGAGGAGUGAACUAAACAAAAAUUUCAACCCCGGUGGCUCUCACCUGGAUUAAUAUUUGAAUUUUUUUGAAUGCGGUCAAGAAAUUUUCAAAAAUUGUCAUAAGGUUGAAAAAGGGUCUUCCCCUUUAUGUCAAACUGCAGAUGCAAAUUAUUUUUUGCUCGACCUUGGGAACAAUUCUUACAAUUGAAUGUUACGGCUGUAAUGUGCCAUGAGGUAAGACCAUUCAUUGCCGUAAACUUGGUACAACUUUCAAGAACAAAAUAAAAACUAUAAAUUUCGUUAAUGUUUCUGAGAGGAUGCUUUGCCAUGAAUUCCAAAAUGAAGCAAGAACUUUCAAAUAACUUAUUUUUUAUUAUAUUGUAUUGUGCAAUUAAUACAAGAUGACGGAUACAAAGGCCCCAUCAAGCUUAAAAAAAAACACACAAAAAACACAAUUGCAGUUUUAAAAAGAAACAUUUACUUUGUACAACUCUGUAAUUCACUUUUUUUUAACUUUAUUUUGUACCUCUUCUGUCAUUUCUAUUACUAGAUUGUAUUUCUUCCUUUAUUUAAACAGGGUUUCUUUAACAGUUUUGAAGAAAAAAAUCCCUUCUCACAGAAUUGUGUUAUUUUGAAUACAAUUUGAAUUCCCACAUUUGGUUUAAUUGAUUUUAACCACAAGGGAAGAUUUUAAUACCCUUAAGAUACUGUAAGCAGUCAUAUUAUUGGUGGCUCGUAUUUUAAAAUGUAGAGUUGGACCUUGUUUUUAUUAUUUUUUUCUGGUGCUUUUAAGACAGCUUUUAGAACUGUGUAAAUAACCUGCCUUGUAUAUUUUGUCUGUAUGUUUUGGUCCAGUGUGUGAAGAGGAAUGCGUCAAAUUAUCAAAUCCACCCUUUGAAGUGGGAGAUGAGGUUUUUAUUGAUAACAAAGUUUUAAUUGUAAUUGUUUGAUUGUAAGCUUUUUUUAAUUUUGAAUUUUUAGCAAAAGUAGUACCAUUGGUUUUUUUAAUGGAAAUUAUUAUCUUCCUUGGGUCAAGUUGAAGUUACUAGCCGAAAUGGCAAGUGCUUUUUAGCUUGGAUGAAAGUUUGUCCACAAGCUGUUCGGCAUUUCAAUUAGCUGGCCAAUAUUUUAUGGUAACAUCAGUGCCAUUAAAUUUGGCCCAAAUUAUUUUCCUGUAUCUUUAGGGUUUUUCAUAAGCUUGGAUAUAUUUGUGAAGCCUUCAGUGUUCAUAUUUAAAUCAGUAUCCAUCUGUUAGCUGGAUACUGAUUAGUAUCCAUCCAUGAUCUCAUUAGCAGUGUUAUUAAGCUUUUAUGUCAUGUUUUUAAAAAAGGUCAGCGUGGACAGUUUGAAUUAAAACAAAUUCAGUACAGUGAGAUGACCGUGGUCCUGCAAAUAUAUAAAAUAUUUAAACUUUCGUGUAGCAAUGUACAUUAAGGUAAACAUUGGUAUGCAGAUUUUUUUCGAAGAAGUUUUGUUACUCGGGCACUAGGUUGUAAAUUUGUGCCUUAGUAACUAGUAGUGUGUUAAAAGUUUAGGCUCUUGCUGUUUUGGCAAUCAGUCCACACAACUUGAAAGUGAAGCAAACUGUUUUGGGGAAAUGAAUUUCUUUUUUUGGGAGGGGAAGGCGGUAUGUUAGAGACUUGGUAAAAUAUAAAGGGACCUAGGUCAUGGACUCUCAGUGUUUGAAUCUACGAUCAACAAAACCACAGCCUACGUAAUGGUAUGGUUACUUUCUUUUUGAAUGAUUCAGUGAUUUGACUAACAAAUAUUUUGUUAUUAAAACAGUAUUAGUGAGAUGAGAAUUCAGACUAAAUGUUGAACAAGUACUUUUGAAAUUAUGCAACGAUUGAGAUUGUAUUGGUCACAUAUUUUAGUUCAGCAAGCAUCAAAGAUAACUGUUUUUCUGCUUUUUAAUUGCCUUGAAUUUGUAAAGCAACACCCUUGUGAAAAUUUUAAUAAGUUCACGGCAUGCCUGUAACAAAUUGAUGCUGUUAUGGUGGGGAAAAGCUGUAAUGGAAGAUGUAUCGUUACAUUUUAUAAUUGAAGGCAAACCAUAGAGAUAAGAGGAAAUUAAUAUCUAGUGUAGGAAUUUCAAAGCAGGACAAUCCUCACAGCACUUUGGAAUCACUUGUUGAAGCACUUUGAAUUUCUUUGCAUUGAAAACAGGUGCUUAAUUUGAAUUGAAUAAGACGUCAACUUUUUCUAACAGAACAAUCUUUUCUUCCUUAUUUUCUUCCUUUCAGCAAGCAGGGCUUGUUGAAAAGUUAUGUACCUUCCAAUUACAAUGCCUUCAAUCUACUUAUUGCGAUUCAAUUUGUAAAAAAAAAAUUAAAUAUAGCAUGUACAUGUAUGAUGUAGCUGUAUAGUGCGUUUGUUAUAUUGCCAAGUGUAUCUACUAUUUACUAUAGAAUGGAGAAUGUGUAUGAUUUUCAUCAAUAACUUAUUGUAUUUUUCUUGCUUGAGCCUAUUACUCUAUUAACACAAGUACUCUUUUACAGUACUGUAAUAAUCAUUUUAUGCGAAGAUGUACAGUGUUACGCCUGAAAGUACUCUAGAUGCUUGACCUAGCUUUUGUAAUAUUUGAAUGAUGUAGAAAGGGUCUUUUGGGGACUUUUUCUUGUCCAAGUUGAAGUAAGGUCUUUACCGUUCUCAGUUCUCUUUCUUAUGUCAAAGGACGAGCUGUUAAUACCCAAAAUAUCUGACAAUUUCAACUUUUGUUGACCAUUUUGGAUUUCGUUUCCUUUGUGAGUGCACAGUUUACAAUUACAUUGUAUGUGCUAUGUCAUUCAUCUGAGCAUCUGAGUUGUGUGGCAUUUUAUACGACACUGUUGAUUGGUCGAUUAAAUGACAGCCUAUGAGUAUGCAACCAAUUCCCACUCUUGUUAGAUUUUUGUGUUCCUGUUUUUCAUUAGCGCCCAUUUGUGACUAGCUUUGUGAUUACCAAAGAUUUUUUGAUAAAUAUUUCUUUUAAGAAUCGCCGGAUUUUGAUAAACAGUAAUUAAAACUGUGAUUUUUAUACAUGUACUGCAAGCCAGAUUUUGUUGUGUGAUGAUAAAAAAAAAAUACAUUUUGGUGACUCUUUAGCAUAAAAUAUUUAUGUUGAAGGGUGUGAGGGGGAACUUGUAAUUAAUUUGGAUGAUACAAAUUUAUUUUGAAGCUGUCAGUGAAUCUUGGCGUUAAAAAUUAAAAACGGCUUGAACAGCCUAAGCUAAAAAGGCUUAUGUUCAUACAUAAAUAGUGGCUCAUGUAUCAGUGUCCAGUACAGACUAAUAAAUAUGAUAAAUGAUGUAUACAAUUCCUGCAUUUCUACUCUUGUAUGUUCAUAAGACAAAUUACAAAAAAAAUUGUCUCAUCGCAUGUACAUUGUUCUGUACUGCAUGUAUUAAAAUGUCAUGUUUCAUUACUGAUUAAUAAAUUAAGUGAAACCA